CGAUGAUCGGAUUAAAGGGAACUUUAAAUGUUAUUGAUAACUCUGGGGCCAUUGUUGCUGAAUGUAUUCGAGUCAUGAGUGGUGCACGAUUUGCUAGAGCUGGUGACGAAAUUGUAUGUGUUGUAAAGAAAGCUCGACCAAUCAAUCCCAACAUUGCCGGUACUCAAGCAGCAUCUCAAAAGGUUAAGAAAGGGGAUGUCAAACAUGGAUUAGUGGUUCGUACAAAGAAGGAAAUGCGUCGUCCUGAUGGUCGUUAUAUUCGCUUUGAUGAUAAUGCUUGUAUCUUAUUGAAUCAAAAGAAGGAACCUCUUGGUACUCGUGUAUUAGGUGUUGUGGCGGCUGAAUUACGUCAAAAGAACUGGAUGAAGGCUGCUUCCCUUGCUCCUCGUAUUAUCUAGAUCAUUUCUCUUUUUCCAUCUCAUAUCUCUUAAAAAAAUCAUUCUCAUUAUUUGGUCUAAUUUUCAUGUAGUAUAGAUACAACUUCGAUUCCAUCAGAUUAGACUUUCACAUAUACUUUUUUUUUCUUAUCAUUAGAACGAAUUCAAACAAUAAAAACUAGAAAAAAAAAAGAAAAAAUCAUCAAUAAUAAUAUAUCAAAG